CCCUUCUCCUUUAUAAAAACGACCGGCCGUUUCUCCCCACCUCUUCAGGUACCUCCCUCGUGCCUUCCCCUUCCGAUCUCCCUCUCCUCCAACUCGACCCGCAUUGCCGUCACCCCGAAAAGGGAAGGACAAAACCAAGAGCGGAAGCAGCAAUGGCGAUCGCCUACAGCAGCUCCAUCAUACCCGCCAAGGCCUUCUCCAAGACCCUCCCGGCGCCGGCGCCCGCCGCCGUCCCCCUCCGCAUCGCCGCCGUCCACUCCCCCGAGCCCGGCAAGAACGCCGACAAGGCGCAUAAGCUGCCGCAGCUGAAGAGCUCCGCCCUCCCCCCGUCGUCGUCGUCGGCUGCGGCGGCGGCGGCGGCGCCCACCAUCCCCGCCCCCGCGGCCCCGGCGAAGGCCGCCGUGGGCGCCGGGAGGUGGAGCGUCGACAGCUGGAGGUCGAAGAAGGCCCUGCAGCUGCCGGAGUACCCGGAUCAGGCGGAGCUGGAGUCGGUGCUGAAGACGCUCGACGAUUUUCCCCCGAUCGUGUUCGCCGGGGAGGCGCGGAGCCUGGAGGAGCGGCUCGGGGAGGCCGCCAUGGGGAACGCCUUCCUCCUGCAGGGCGGCGACUGCGCCGAGAGCUUCAAGGAGUUCAACGCGAACAACAUCCGUGAUACUUUCAGGAUUCUGCUCCAGAUGGGAGCUGUCCUGAUGUUCGGAGGCCAAAUGCCUGUUGUCAAGGUCGGAAGGAUGGCUGGUCAAUUUGCGAAGCCGAGGUCGGACCCAUUCGAGGAGAAGAACGGGGUGAAGUUGCCGAGUUAUAGAGGCGAUAAUGUGAAUGGGGAUGCGUUUGAUGAGAAAUCAAGAAUUCCUGAUCCUCAGAGAAUGAUCAGAGCAUACUGUCAAUCUGCUGCUACGUUGAAUCUAUUGAGGGCUUUUGCAACUGGAGGUUAUGCUGCCAUGCAGAGGGUCACCCAGUGGAAUAUGGAUUUCACCGAGCAUAGCGAGCAAGGAGACAGGUACCGGGAGCUGGCUCACCGAGUCGAUGAGGCUCUUGGGUUUAUGUCCGCAGCUGGGCUUACUGUUGACCAUCCUAUUAUGACUACAACUGAGUUCUGGACAUCACAUGAGUGCUUGCUCUUGCCCUAUGAGCAGUCGCUCACUAGAAUGGACUCAACUUCAGGUCUUUACUAUGACUGCUCUGCCCAUAUGCUUUGGGCUGGCGAACGUACUCGACAGCUGGAUGGUGCCCAUGUUGAAUUUUUAAGAGGAAUUGCCAAUCCCUUGGGCAUUAAGGUGAGUGACAAGAUGGAUCCAAAUGAGUUAGUUAAGCUCAUUGAGAUUUUGAAUCCUCAAAACAAAGCUGGAAGGAUAACAAUUAUUACCAGAAUGGGAGCUGAGAACAUGAGAGUGAAGCUGCCGCACCUUAUCAGGGCUGUCCGUAGGGCGGGGCAAAUUGUUACAUGGGUCAGCGAUCCAAUGCAUGGGAACACCAUCAAGGCUCCAUGUGGUCUUAAGACUCGCCCAUUUGAUGCCAUAAGGGCCGAGGUGAGAGCAUUCUUUGAUGUCCAUGAACAAGAAGGGAGCAAUCCAGGAGGAGUGCACUUGGAGAUGACAGGUCAGAACGUGACCGAGUGCAUUGGCGGGUCGCGAACCGUGACGUUCGACGAUCUCAGCUCGCGCUACCACACCCAUUGCGAUCCCAGGCUGAACGCUUCCCAGUCUCUAGAGCUUGCUUUCAUCAUCGCGGAGCGCCUCAGAAAGCGGAGGAUCCAGUCACAGCACCCUGUUUCAUCCUUAGGGCUGUGAAAUUGGCUCCCAUGAUUACCGAAGAUACAUAUUCCCUUCUAUUAGUGCCGGCAUGUGCGAGUUGUUGUGUUGUACCAACAUUUAUGUAAUGUUUUAAUUUAUGCUCGUAUACAGUGGUUGAAGUUUGAUUUUUAAGUACUGAAAGGGACACUGAAAGGUUAAUAAAGAAUUUGGUGUGGCCACCAGCCUAUGCGGCUUAGAA